AUGUCACAAGAGCAGUCAUUUCUAAGUCCUUCUAAUGCCAAGAAUAAUCCCUUUGCACCAUGCAAUCUCCCAAUGCUAAACCAACGUUACGGAAACCUUACUGAGGAGCCAAAAGCAGAUUUUAAGCCUAUGGCUGGACAAGGCGUACCGGAGGAGAUACCCGAAAUCCCCUCCAACAACUUCGUCUACAAUACCAACAACUCGGGAGCAGCAACCAAUUGUGGAUUCUUGAAUGAGGACUUCAAUAGCGAUGCUGUGAAACUGCGACUGCGGGCGGAAUUGCCCCAUCUCACGAGAAAGCAAAUUGCCCAAUUUCAGCUACCCUUUUAUGAGACAUUAUGCCACGAUCUGCUGGAGAACGGUUACCACUACGCCUUUACCGAGAUUUUCACAAUUCACCAAAAGCAGAUGGAUGAGCGUCGAAAAGCAGGACCGGAUUCUCCACUCUGGAAAAUUCCCCCAAUCAGCGAACAGUCGGAGAAGAUCCACAUGCUAAGAGACCAGCUCUCAAAGGCAGAGGCAGCUACUAGGCGUCAGGACAACCACACUGUUUUUACGUGCUACCUCAAAUUGGCCAAAUACUUCAACGACUAUCCUGACGAUCGGUGGUUGGCAGAGCACUUCUUUGAUUACUGCUUCACUGUGGCCAAACGCAUCACCGAUGACGGAGGGUUGAAGAUGGCACAGGCUUACGAAUACAAUGGACUGGCGAAAGAGGCUAAGGGCGAUCUUCAGGUGGCGUGCUCGUUCUUCAUUCAACUCUACAAUGCGACUCGUGAUAAGACAUGGAAAGAAGAGGACGGUACUAAGAUGUCCAAAAACGCAGACAAGCAUCUCGUUCGUAUCUAUCACGCGUUGCUAGAAGCUACACCGAAGGAACAUCUCUGCGAGCGCAUGGCCUACUGCAUUAAGGCCCAUGACAUCGCGUCAGCUAGCAAUGACUGGACCUUAACAGCUCCAGCAAGUUUAAAAAUGGGUCAGAUGUACCAAGAAGCGAAUAAAAUAUCCGAAGCCAUUACGUUUUACCGCGGCUACUUUGAUUUAUCCAAAGGCGCAAAUGAUUGGAUCAGCCUGGGCAAUGCUUGUGAAUCUCUGGCGCAGCUAUUUGAGUCACAGAACAACAUGCAAGAGACGAUUCGAUAUCUGAAGAUAUAUGCUGAACUGUGCGAGGAGCACUGCGACUGGCUGCAGCUUUGCAAGGCAAGUCGAUUGCUCGGCCACGCCUACGACAAGGCGGGACAGGCACAGGAGGCCCUUCAGUGGAUUCUAAAGGCCUACAAAAUGCAGCAAUCCAUUAAUACACCAAAUCCAGCUCUGUUUCAAAAAUACACGGAGACCUCGCGAUUGAUGAUUGGAGUGACACGGGCACACUGCAUGAACAUCCUCUUCACCAACGCCAUCAUUACUGACACACCGGACGCCCUGCUUCGCAUCAUCGAAUGGAAGGCCGACCCACGCAAUGAGCACAAACUCUUUAUGAGUUAUGAAAAGCGACCCAUCCUUUCCGAUGCUACUUCUCUGGCAUAA